AUGCCGGAGGGGAGCGUGCUAUGCAGCGAGAGCCCCACGAGCGCGGUGGGUGCGGAGGCGCCGCGGGAGCUCCCCAAUGAACUGUCAGCGCCCUACGAAGUCCCCCAGUUUCCGAUAGAACAAAUUGAGAAGAAGCUUCUCAUACAGCGACAGCUGAAUGUUAAGGCAGCAGAAUGCGGCCAAUCGGCAAGAUCGUUCGCAGGCAGCGAGGCGGGCGGCGCCGCUGCUGUUCUGGAGGAGGCGGCUCGUCUUCGAGGAGACGAUGACGACUUCGACGUCAUCCUGCCGCACUUCCAGAGGGUUGCGAUAAGUGGCGAAGAUACUUCCGGGGUUCCUUUAGAGGACUUACAACAGGCGUCCUCAUACCUGGUACAAGCGCUGGAGAUACGUAAACGAUACAUGGACAUGUCGCAGCAGAGUUUCUCGUCCAUCACCGCCAGAUUCCUCAAGAGCAUGGACACUGAAGCUGCGGCAAACCACACGCCCAUCGUCAAAAUGCCGAGAAAUCAUAUCGCUGACCACGUCGUACAUCCCCCAUUCAAGGACAACAAGGACCCAUGGGAGGGUCCGACACCAGAUGCCAAGGGCUACCUGAUAAGAUCUGACAAUGGCGUGUUCAACCUGUACCGGAAGACGGAAGACGGGGAGGAGAGGGUACCCUACGAGUACAUCAACUUAGCACAGUACAUCCAGGACAAAAACACCAUGUGCAAUAUGAUCGCUGACGGACCACUCAAGUCGUUCUGCUACCGGCGCCUGAGCUACCUGUCGUCCAAGUUCCAGCUGCACGUGCUGCUCAACGAGCUGCGCGAGCUGGCCUCGCAGAAGGCCGUGCCGCACCGCGACUUCUACAACAUACGGAAAGUGGACACCCACAUACACGCUGCCUCGUGCAUGAACCAGAAACACCUACUUCGAUUCAUCAAGAAGACUCUGAAGAACCACGCUGAUGAGGUGGUAACCCUACACAAAGGUACACCGAUGACUCUGAAAGCGGUAUUUCAGUCCAUGAACCUCAGCACGUAUGACCUAACCGUGGACAUGUUAGACGUGCACGCGGAUCGCAACACGUUCCACCGCUUCGACAAGUUCAACGCCAAGUACAAUCCCAUCGGCGAGAGUCGUCUGCGGGAGGUCUUCCUCAAGACCGACAACUACAUGAACGGGAAGUACUUCGCGAGGAUCAUAAAGGAGGUCGCGUCGGACCUGGAGGAGAGCAAGUACCAGAACGCGGAGCUGCGGCUGUCCAUCUACGGCAAGAGCGCGGGCGAGUGGGCCAAGCUGGCGCGCUGGGCCAUCGCCUACGGCGUGCACUCCAACAACGUGCGCUGGCUCAUCCAGAUCCCGCGCCUCUACGACAUCUUCAAGUCGAACAAGAUAAUGAACAACUUCCAAGAGUUCCUCAGCAAUAUCUUCCAGCCCCUCUUCGAAGUCACCAACGACCCGAACAGCAAUCUUGAGCUACAUAAAUUUUUGACGCACGUGGUCGGGUUCGACAGCGUGGACGACGAGUCGAAGCCGGAGAACCCCAUGCUGGACGCAGACGUGCGCUUCCCGCAGCACUGGGACGACGAGGAGAACCCGCCCUACGCCUACUACCUAUACUACAUGUACGCCAACAUCACCGUGCUUAACCACUUCCGCAAGGAGCAGGGUCUGAACACGUUCGUGCUGCGGCCGCACUGCGGCGAGGCGGGCCCCGUGCAGCACCUGGUGUGCGGGUUCAUGCUGGCCGAGAACAUCUCGCACGGCCUGCUGCUGAGGAAGGUGCCGGUGCUGCAGUACCUGUACUACCUGGCGCAGAUCUACAUCGCCAUGUCGCCGCUCAGCAACAACUCGCUGUUCCUCAACUACCACCGCAACCCGCUGCCCGAGUUCCUGGCGCGCGGGCUGUGCAUCACGCUCAGCACGGACGACCCGCUGCAGUUCCACUUCACCAAGGAGCCGCUGAUGGAGGAGUACAGCAUCGCGGCGCAGGUGUGGAAGCUCAGCUCGUGCGACAUGUGCGAGCUGGCGCGCAACUCCGUGCUCAUGUCGGGCUUCCCGCACGAGAUGAAGCAGUACUGGUUGGGCCCGAACUACACGAAAGAGGGCGUGGCCGGCAACGACAUCACGCGCACCAACGUGCCGGACAUCCGCGUCUCCUUCCGCUAUGAGACUCUGCUAGACGAGCUUACCAACAUCUUCAAGGCUCGCCAGGCACCCGGCCACCUCUACGGAGUCGCUGAACAAACGCCCUCGCCAACUCCCUUCGUGCCAAUGGUCAGCUUGAAACGACCAUCGCUUGUUUAAUUUUAUUUACCGACUUUUAAGGAAGAUUAUACAUUAUUGUUUAUUAUUAUUAUUUUAAAAUUAAUUAAUUUUUAUAAAUGAUGUCGCUUUUGAACAAUAAUUAGUUUAACACUAUUUCAAGAAAAUAAUAUCUUGAUAUAUAAUUUUACCAGCCGGCAAAAUAAUGUGUUAGUGAAUUGAAGGAUAAUUCUUCGAAUAAGUUAGUGUAAUA